AUGGAUAUUAUGUCUAUUGACAUUUACAAUUUACUUGGAAUAUCAUUUGAUUCGACUGAAAAGCAAAUACGCCAGGCAUAUCGAAAAAAAUGCCUAAAAUGUCACCCUGACAAGUGUCCUGGGGAUUCCAAGGCAGCAGAGGAGUUCAAACGUCUUGGAGACUGUCUAGCACUUUUAUUCGACCCUGUUGCCCGCUCCAAAUACGACAGAAUCCUAAAAUCAAAAAUUGAAUUAGCUAAACGUCAUUCCGAACGUGAUUCAAAGAGGAAAAUAUUAAUCCAAGACAUUGAAAGGCGCGAAAAAGAAGCUCAAAAUAUCUCCACCAAGACACGUGACGAAAUGGCACAUCACUCAUUCAUGGAACGAAUAAGAAAAGAAAAUGCAGCCAUUUUAAAGGAAGAGAAUGAACGUGUUGCUGGAAUCCUCAAGGAAAAUUUAGAGGACCAGUCCCCGAUUGUCCAGGUCCAGUGGAACCCGAAGGACCAGGCUAUUUUUACCGCGGAAUUUAUUCGUACCACGUUUUGUCGUUUUGGAUGUGUGAAAAAUAUUGUUUUGGGAUCGGAGAAAAAAAAAACUCGGAGUGCCCUGGUGGAGUUUGAGGGGAGUAAGUCUGUCAACAUGUCCGGGAUUGACCUAUAUGUGAGGGCGUGUCAAUACGACAUUAAUCUUAAAUGGCUUGUUUUGCCGAAGAGUAAUGAUUUGUCUCUUGAGGAUUUUGAAUCACGUGUAUUCGCCAAGCUUAACUCUGUCCAGUGA